UGGCUGCUUCAGUGACACUGCCCUAUCUCACCCAGCAUUCCCAAGAAACCUCUGCAGGUUGAGAAAAAGUCUAAGACUUCAGUCAUCUGGAAAGGACUUAUUCAAAUGUUCAGUCUGAAGCAGUUUGCGGCAGAAGCGUAUCCUGUUUCCGGCUCGGGCAGUCAUCUCUUUCAGGCUCUACCUGAUCUACUUCAAUCAAGGGGCUGUAUUCUUCCAGAGGAUGUCUGGGCCUAUUUAGACAGCAUAUGGCCAGCAAAUACCAAGGAGAUGGCCUUGAUACGUUUUCACCCUAGUUUGACAAAAGGCAGCAAUUCCUACAACAUGCUGUAUUCCUAUCUGAACAAGAAACAGAGAUACGGCAUUGUGGGCAGCAACGAAAUGGAGAUGUUCAUGGUGCCCUUGGCAGCUUACCAACCAGUACCUUCCAAACUCCACCCACUGGGUGGCCCAGGGCUGGAUCUGUGCCACCCUUCUUUGUUGCUGGGAUUAAUUCUACCCAAGAGACCUCCCACAGGGCCUGACCCCUUACCAAAAGCCAGAAGAAAGACCGUCACUUUUAAGGACAACGUCGAAACCUGGUACUUUCCUCCUCCCUCGCAAGCAGACAAUUGUCAGAUGCAGCCACCACAACACCUGUCCCCAAGCGAGCCUCUCUGCUGUCAUGAUUACCCCAUAGUGGUUCUUCCGAGACAUGACCCGCUUAUCAGUGAAGAGCUGGGCAGUGAGAUGUUUCAGGAGGAGCGUUUACACUACAAAACGGCCGGAGGUGGAGCCAGCCAUUCUCUUUUAGAUGUUACUCUCCAUUCACAAUGUGAUUCUCCUUGGCUCAUGGGACAGUUGGGUAAUUUGACACCAGAAACCUUGGGAGCACAAUCCCAGGAGCCAGGGGAUGAGCUCCGGAGCGGAGAGGUGGUGACCCUCUCAGAGCCCGAUCUACCACCGGGAACAAUUCGCAGCUUUCGGGUAGCCUUUAAUCAGCACCUUGGACAGCGCCCAAGUGGCAGCCAGUUACAGUCAUUGAACCGCACUUAA